AAACGCAAAUAUCCGGCCAGGUAAAGAAAUGUCUAUUUUUGGUUUAUUGCUAUUUGUAGAGCAUUCUUUCCCACGAGACUUCCUCAACAGAUGCUUCUUACAGAGCCAGUCCAAUACAUCUACACUGCCAUACCUGACGUCCCAAAGUGCUAUACUCCCAAAACCAGGAGGAGAAGUGUCACGCCAGGAAAACAUGAAACUGAUGAAGAACAGGAGAAAAAAGCUGCAUACACCAUGAAGAUCAGUGUAGAAAAAGAUCUCCGCACUGGUGAGAGUCACAUCCUCUCCACAGCCACCAUCGCACCUCUGGAUCUCCAAGAACAAGGCAUCAAAGUCUAUGACGAUGGGCAUAAAUCUGUCUAUGCCUUGCCACCUGAUGGACGGGAUUCCCAGAACGACAUGACUGAGAUGAGCCCACUUGAAGUAGAGGAACUUCUCUUGAAAGCCUCAGAGAAGAAAGCCCCAACAGAUGUGGAAUACCAUGAACCUGUGUUUUCAAGCCCAUUCAGUCGACCUACAACCCCUCAGAGGACAGAAAGAGGCUAUAUUAGCCUUCAUGGCUUUCAGAUGCCCGACAAGAACCAGAUUCCUUUUCAAGCUGAGAACUUUCCCAAACAAGAAGCUGUUGUCUAUUUAGGCACCAACCAACCAGCUCAAAACGGAUCAUGUGCUAAUAGCGAAUACAGCGGUGUAACCAGAAUCAGCCCCGCAUCUUCUCCCACACAAGAGUAUGAGGAACAGCAUCGGAUAACUCCAACGGCAGACUCCGGGCUGGGAUUUGGACGGUAUUCACCUCUGAAUCAAAAGGAAGAUUCUAGUCUCAACUUUGUGAGCUUCCUCCCUCCCGAGGUGGAAUCUGGUGAACCUGUUACCAUGAUCUUCAUGGGUUAUCAGAAUGUUGUAUCCGAUGAGGAAGAUGAAGGAAUCCAAGCUGAACUGGUAGUUAUUGGUGAUGAUGAUGAAGAUCCUGAGGAAGCGACUUUGUCGUACCACCCUCUAGGCUACCGCAGCAAGAUCUUCAAACCCAACAGUAUGGUGUACCGCUCUGAGAUCAGGCCUGGUGGCAUCAGAACCUCCAGCUCUGGAAGACAGACGCUAGGAAAUGAAACUAAAGACCCGAUAGACACAGCGCUGCCAAUCAAACUGUCUCAACUAGGAAAAUACAUGUAAGCUCUUCAAAGCAAGAUUACAAUGUGGACAUCUUGUACUUCCUGAUGAGGAUGAAAUGGACUGAGUCUGAGAGACUGAUCUGGAAAAAAAUUGCUUAUGACAUGAAUCAUAUUUGAGUGCCAAAAACAGCAUUUGUUCAUUAUUCCAUGUUUGUACAUAAUGUUCUUCAGUUGACUGUUCUGUAAUUUGUUGUUUGUUGUUGUUUUUUCUCUUUUUAAUCAAAGUGGAGAAAGGAAAAAAUAUAUAGAAAAUUCUUUUUUUUCUGUCCCCUUUACAGAGGCAAAUUUUAAUAUCUGGUGACUUCAUUUAAUGCUUCAGAAAUAAUAUUCCAACAGAUAUAACUCUUUUGUUUAAAAACUGUUAAAAAAAAUACACCAUGCUGUAAUUAUAUAUUUUUAAUCAGUGCUAUUGUCACAUUUUCUACCAUGAACAAUUUAAAAUGAAUUACAUUUAUUAUUAUUAUUUUAAAUAUAGCAAAAUAUGUUUUACCUUUUUAGAGAUUAUGUCAUUUUUGUUCACCAUAAAUUUUACAAUUUUUAGAGAAAGAAAAGGCAGGAAAAAAUAACCAAUUGGGUAAAAAAAUAUAUUUAAAAAACAAGUUAUAUUCUCUUAAAUAAACAAGUUUUGUAAGUUUGUAAAACCACAAAAAUACUGAUUAGUAAUAUUAUUUUUUUUUCAGUAUAAUAUUUGUUGACACAUUUACAUCAAAAUUGGUCUAAGAUAACAAGUGUUUAUAACUGCAAUAUAAUAUAAAGAAAUAAUAUAUUUUAAUGCUAUAGAUAUCACUCUUUUCUUUAAAAACUGUUAAAAAAUAAAAUGCUGUAUUAAUAUAUUUUAAAUAUAUCAUCACAUUUUCUAGUA